AUGGCGAUGCACAACCAAAACAGAAAUUCCACUCACAACACUAAGAAAUGGACGAAACUGAGAUGUUGCAGCAUCUGCAAAAAGAGGAAGAGACGGAAUUCAAGAACCUGCCCCAAAAGAACAAGAUCAGAAAACAAGGAAGACGAAGCAGAUGAAAUCGCAGAAGAAGAUGGUGACACAACUAAAGAAGAAAUGGCUUAUGAAGAAGAGGAGGAGGAAGAAGAAGAGAGUGAAGAGGACGAAGAACGUGAAGAAACUGAAGAAAGAGAGGCUUAUGAAGAAGCGGAUGAAGAAGAGAAGGAAGAGGAAGAAGAGAGUGAAGAGGACGAAGAACGCAAUGAAACAAUGCCCACAAGAACACCAAACAAAAGACAGAAAACAAAAGGGAAUGCAGCUGUACAGAAACAACCGAGAACAACACCGCAUACAAAAAAAUUGGUAGGAGCACGAAAGGACGCAGUUCACAGCGUUGGAAAACUAAAGCCGCCAUCAACCAGCACGCGAGGAGCAAAGAAGGAUGCAGUUCACAGCGCUGGAAAACAAAAGCCGCCAUCAACCAGCACGCGAGGAGCAAAGAAGGAUGCAGUUCAUGCACAACCAAAACAGAAAUUCCACUCACAACACUAA